GCUGAUGGCUCGCGCGGGGGCCGAGACCCUCGACAUCUCCGAGAGCCAGGUGUGCAUCGCGUUCGACGACGACCCGAAUUUCAAAUGGCACCACAGGGUCUUAUUGGUUCCCUCGCCUACGCCGGGGCACUGGGUGGCCGCCACGCCCGACGCCGAGAUCUAUCUCCUGAAGCUGGACGAGUACCUGGUGGUCGCCCUUCCUCGGGCGGCCGCCUUCCCCCAGCGAGUCCGAGGCCAGGUCUACGCGUUCGGAGCCCUCUCGGAUGCCGACCUCUCCAACCUCCGUCGCGAUGGCCGGAACUUCGCGAAGGUGCUGGGCUUCCCUCUCCCCGCGGUGCAAGCGGGGGUCGACGUCCCGAGGUGGAUCGUCUCCGACCCUGCGAGCGACCACUUCGGGGAGGAGGUGAGCCUGGAGCUGAUCACCUCGGCGGAGCGCUUCAUCAGCCGCGACGCCAUCGCGCUGGUGAUGCUGUCGGAGGCCGAGGGCUGGGUCGCCGCCGAGAACGUCCAGCUCGCCGACGAGCCCGACUUGAAGGCGGAGAAGAGGCUGGUGGCCUUGCUGAAGAGCGUGGAGGUCGACGACUGGCCCUUCGAGGGCCCCAAGGCCCUGGUCGAGUUUCUGGCGGCCGUGGAGCUGAAGAACAUCGUCGAGGUCCUGCACCAUGCCCUGGUCUUCGACGCGCUGGACGUCUCGAACCUCGCCUCGUUCGAGCUCCUGAGCCGCCGGGGCCUCCAGAUUCAGAGGGCGGUCAAGCGUUGCCCUCGCCACCCCUCCUUCGAGGGCCUGGAGCUGAUGGUCUCGAGACGACUCGACGACUCGGGCGGGGCGGUCACAACCAAGUUCGAUGCCUGGGUCGCCGACCAGCAGAAGGCGAGGGGCACCGUGCUCAAGCAGGAGAGGAUGUACAGGGAGGAGGCCGACCACGAGGACAAGAAGUACCGCACCGAGCAGAGGGACGAGGCAAGGCCCCCGCGCCCCAAGGCCAAGCCGAAGGGCAAGGCGCAGCGUGCUGCCGCUGCUGAUCGUCGUUCGGCCUGUGCCAUCGAGACGAUCACGACCCUCAAUGGGAUGGCCGCCGCCUGUGCUGGGAGGGACGUCGUGCUUCGGCCCCCUCAGAGGACUGGGAGCGCCGACAUCGCUCAAGAGUCGGCGCUCAGACGCAUCCGCAGUCGGAUUGGUGCCUUCGGAGAUCGGCCCACGGACAUGGAUGGCGCUGGAGCCCUACAGGAGCUCCUCAAGACCAGGGACGUCUACGGCGGCCUCGACGCGUCCACGACCGUGGUCGGUUUUGAUCCGAGCCGCCUCAACAUCCUACGUAAGGAACAUUUUUCGACGCCGCUCGACGACGUGGCCCCCCAGAGCGUCAGGGAUGUGAUGGCCAACUUCGACUCGGCCGUCGUCCGCCCGCUCUCCGAGCUCACCGAGGACGAGCCGCUGGUGCAACCCUACUGGGGCCCGCAGCUCGACCCUCGCCGGCGCGGCACUCGCCCUGCGCUCGUGGCCUUUCUUCGUGCUCUGGCCCUACGGGGGCUCGUGGGUGCUCGGGCCCGUCGGAAGUCGUGCAUCUCCGCGUUCUUCGUGCGAAAGAAAAACGGGGAUCAGAGGAUGGUGCUGGGCGCUCGGCAGGCUAAUCAACUGCAGCGACUCCCGCCCAAGACCGUGCUGGCCUCAGGAGAGGCACUCGCGGCCAUCAACCUCGUGGGCGCCACCGACCUCGGCCCCGACGACCUGGACAUCGUGAUCAACGGGGGCGACCUGGUGGGCCGGCUCGGCUCCUGGAUGUGCUUCGACAUCGAGGUGUCCGCCGGCGAGCUGGGGUUGACUCAGCUGUGCGACGAGGACCUCGGCCGCUACGUCGACAUCAGCCCAGACUCUCGGGUCUGGCCCUGCUUCGAAGCCCUUCCCAUGGGAUGGUCCUGGGCCUUGUGGAUCUGCCAGGAGGUCCUGAUCGACACCAUGAGUGCCGUCUUCGGGGAGAAGGACUCCUGGUGCCUGGACAAGGGCAAGCCGCCCUCCCUGCUGAACGGGGGGGUCGCCCACGCUCCCUACGUCGACAACGCGAACCUCAUCUCCCUGGACGCCGCCCAGCUCGACCAGCGCCUCGGCGCCGUGACGGACGAGCUGGACAAGAGGGGGCUGCGCUGGCACGAGUUGCAGCAUGCCACCUUGUCUCAGGGUAUCCUCGGUCUCGAGUUCGACGGGCGGCACGGGCGCCUUCGCCACACCUCUCGGCGAGCCUGGCGCCUGUACCUUGGUUUACACGAGGUUCUACGCAGGCCGUGGCUGGCUCGCUGGCAGGUCAGGAGGUUGUUGGGGCACAUCGCGCACUACUUCAGCAUCAUGCGACCUGCCCUCAGUGUCCUGGGCGAGUGCUACGCCUACCUCGAGUCUGGCCCGAUGGAGGGCGUCUCGCGUUUGCCGCCCAGCGCGGUGACGGAGCUUCGCUGCGCCGCUGGCCUCGUGUUUCUUGGCCAGGUGGACCUGCGCCGACCCCCUGCGCCAGUGUCUUUUACCGCGGACAGCUCAAUGCUGGGCUGCGCCGUCUGCGAGGCCGAGCUCUUGGGGCACGAGGUCCUUGGCGUGUCGCGGUGGCGCGAGAGGCAGCGCUUCAAGGAGGUCGAGGUCUCGGGCGACCCCGACAGGGACGCCUACCUGGGCCGCGCUGCAGGGCUGGACGACGUCUCCGACCUGUACUACGACGAGCUCGGCGAUGCAGGCGCGGGCCGGCCCCGCCGACAGGCGCGAGCCCGCCGCCGUCGUCAGGAGAUGGAGGUGGGCCACCCCCCGCCCCCGCUGCCGCCCGAGCUGGUCGACCCGCAGCGGUGGGCCGAGGCUUUCCGCGGCGCCUGGCGCCAUCCAGGUCGCAUCCACAGCCUGGAGGCGCGGGCCUCGGUGAUCGGUCUGGGGGCUGCCGCCCGGCAGGCCAACUGCCAUGGGACCGAGCUCCUGAGCCUCUCUGACAACCUCUCCAGCGUGCAGUCUUUCGAGAAGGGCCGUGCCAGCAACCGAGAGCUCCUCGCCCAAAGUCGUCGUGCUGGCGCCCUGCAGCUGGGGGCCGAGAUCACCUGGCGAGUGCGACGCGUUCCAGGAUGUGUGAACGUUGCCGACUGGGGGAGCCGGGCCGCCGACCGCCGCGAGCUCCUGCCUGGCUGGAUCCGCGGUGCCGGCUUCAGGGCCUGCGCGCCGGCACCCAGCAGGUGCGCGCCCGUCCUGAGGCUCAGCGGCAGCUUGCCCGGCCCCGGGCCUGACGUGCCCGGGCCCUGCCCCGUCGCCAGCGUCGCCUUCGCGACUCGGCCUGCCUCGAGCCGCGUCUCCGAGCCGCCAGGGCUUGGGGAGAAACCUAUCGGUUGCACUGUCGGUGCUCCCAUCCUGUCCUUCCCAUCCUCCAUCGUGCUCUACUUCGUCGACACCAUUUACAGGUUAUCGUUCACAGAUCGGGCCAUCGAGCUCUACGUCGGGUCACUGGCCUCAUAUUGGGACUCCAACGGCAUCGGCUCAUCAGCGACCCCUGGCUGGGCCCCCCGCUUCCUCGUCUUCUUGGGCGUCGUGGGCCAGGCCAUCGGCAGCAACGCCAAGUCAGGGUCCCCAAACUGGGUCAUCAAGUUCUUCAGCUCCUCCUCGGGCUGGCAGCGGGCCUCGCAAGUGGUGCCCCUCGGGGUCUCCGUCUACGGCCCCGCGGGGCCACCGUGCUGGGCGUACCAGCUUCCUGGAAUUAUUUGCCGGAGGGAGCUCCGCUACCACAGGCCCGGCAGGAUCGAGUGCGAUUCCUGCCGCUUCGGGGCGCCCUUCAAGAAGCCGGGGGCAAUCGCCGGCACCCUCCCCAACCUAGAGCUGCUGGGCCGCCGCUGCCAGUGCUGCCAGCCGCAUCGCGAGGUUCUUCAGGGCAAAGUCCGACAUCCGACGAGAGGUUGGGUUUGGCGGACUGCCUUGGCUGGCGCGUACCUCCCAGAGUGGUGCCGAGAGCUCGUGCGCAUCGCCCCCCUCUCCGCCCCGAGGUCCGCCUAUGGCCGAGCCGCGCCCAGAGACCUCGCGACUUGGGAUGGGGUCCUGGCAGCCGCGUCGGGCGAGGCGCGGGGCCGCCGGGCGCUGGCGGCGGAGCGCCGCAGGCGAGCGGCAGCGGCCGUGGACCGCGCCGAGCAGCAGCGGCAAGCCCGUCGAGUGCCGCCGGGAGAUUUCCUACGUGCGGCCUCGUUGCGGCCAGCGACCCUGACAAAGUAUCAGCAGGCGGUCGCCGACUUCGAGGCCUGGGCACGGCGCAGGCGUCUUCUCUUUGACGACCCCAAGUGCGCCGACACGACAAUAAACCUGUACAUCGAGCACCUCUUCUUCUCUGGUUCACCUCAGUACAUGGCUCGCAAUGCUCUCUACGGCCUUGCUCGACUACGUGGAUGGGCAGUGGCCAAGCCUCAGUUCGUGCGAUCCAAGGACGCCCUGGCGGGCUGGUGCGCCAAGCUGCCUCGGCAUCCUAGGAUGCCCGCCCCCUUCGACGCCGUGGUCGCCUGCGUGGCAGCCCUCUCGGGGCGCUCGCCACUGGGGGCCCUCGCUGCCGUGGCCAUGAUCGUCCAGUUUGAUCUGUACUUGCGGCCCAGUGAGGUGCUCUCCAUCACCGCGGGCGACGUCCACGGGAGCGCAGGGGGCCAG